AUGAUCGAAACUGCUCAUGUCCACGAUUCCCUAAGUCUGACGCCUUCAAAACUGGCCCGACAGGAUGCUCAGUCUAUACACCUGACAUCGAGUGAUAUUAUGGCCCACGUGGAUGGAAUGCCUGCUGAAUCCAAUGGAUAUACCAUCGAGCCGCAGUCCCCCCUGUCCAGUGGAAGUGAAAAAUGUGCUCUUUCGGAACCUCGACCCGCUUCAAAUGCUGCGUCUUUGCCGGCCAAUCAACCCCUUUCUAAGUCCCAAUGCGGUAUGUCCUAA